CUACAAUGAUAUUCUGGGUGACAUUGGCACGUAAUGGCAGUAGUUUUGCUCCGGUUUGUGGAUGUGGGCGUUUUAUAAUGGGAGGACACAGGCGCGAGGAAGGUGAAGGGAGACGCGGGCAAAGUCACACGGAGGUUAUUCGAAGAAAAAGCUGAGCCCAGUUCGUAAAUACGCACACUGUGGUUGCGAAACACGACGCCGUUCUAUUGGAUGAUGGCUCACCGGCUGCUAGUCCGUAGAAUUUGGACCCUCUCUGUAAAAGACCUCCGCUGUCUCCCGGCCUCCACCUCAUUCUCUACCUCCCUGCGUUCCUCCACUGCCCCUCUAUUCUUCCUUUCCCCCAAACGCACUCUGUCCCGCUCCCUGCCCCACACUUCCCGCAGAGAGGUCUCCUUCAACGUGCAGGACCAUGAGGACUUCACAGAGAGAGUCAUCAACAGUGAGCUGCCUGUGCUCAUUGACUUCCAUGCCCAGUGGUGUGGUCCCUGCAAGAUACUGGGGCCAAGAUUAGAGAAAGCUGUCGCCAAACAGAAAGGCAAAGUUGCCAUGGCAAAGGUCGACAUAGACGAUCACACAGACUUGGCCAUUGAAUAUGGGGUAUCGGCGGUCCCCACGGUAAUCGCCAUGCGAGGAGGCGACGUCAUCGACCAGUUUGUGGGAAUCAAAGAUGAUGAGGCGUUGGACUCAUUUGUCAGAAAGCUCAUUGGACAAUGAACAUGUCGAUCACAUCCCUGUGAUCUAACCCCUUAUGACCCCAUUGUUGUCUGAGCCUGGCCUGGUCCUCAGCACUACACGGCCAUGUUGAACCUGUUAAAACAACAACCAACCACCCACCCACCCCCCCACCUGACCACAACCCCACCUGACAAACACGCACACGCUCACACCCAUCCCUAAACUCUGCUCUGUAUUAUUCUGUCUGUCUCUGUCUGUCUGUGGUCUAGUGAUGGGUGUGUGCUUGUGUGAACUUCAAUUCCCCUCAUUUACUCAUAUAUCGCUCCCAUCUUGCAGCGGUUCCCUCCCUCAUCAACCUGUAAUAUAAUGGCCCAACCCUGUGGAAACUGGAAGUGCAGCCUGAGCCAGUGUGUACCAGUUUACUACAAUAGAUUGUUCAGAGUGGGCAACUACACCGCUGUACUUUACUGCAUAGUACAGGGACAAGUCGUUUUAGUAUUAAGUGGGGAGAGACGUUAACAGGAAAUGUGAUAUUGGUGAAUGAGCGGUGAUGUCGCUCUCUGCAGUUCCUGCUUUUGUCCACACGAGGGUGGCCUUCCCCUAGCAUUGUAGGCUGCACAGUCAUUUUACACCAUUAUGCCUAAUAAUGUGAGAGUGGAAUGUGUCUCAUGAGUGUGUCUGUAUGGAUGUAUCUGUGUAUAAGUUUCUCAGUCUGAAUCGGUCUGUCUCUUGGUUUUGACUGAGAGAUUUGAGAUAAGCGGGAAACACAAAUAUGGUUAUGGGUUCGAUUUAGAUUUUAUUUCUAUAAACUAUGUAAUAUGACCAAGCAAAGUAAUAAAUAAAGGAUAUUAAAGGUGUUCUAUA